AUGACUAACAAAGAUAAAGGCAGAUACUCAUUUGCAGUCUUUACAAUGCCAAAGCAAGAGAUGGUUGUUGAGGUGCCUGGUGAGCUCGUGGAUGACAAAAUCCACCCUCUUUGUUAUCAUCCAUUCAAUUAUGGAGAGUUUGUGAAUUACUUUGCUUCAACUCUCACACCAAAUGCACUUGAAGAAUUUGCAAGUUGCUGCGAGAGAGAGCAAAGGAAAAAAAGAGUAGAGCAAAGCAUGGUGGAGCACGAAGACUCAAACUCAAGCACCGUCCAGAAGAUUCUAGAUCUUCUCUACGCCACCGGCUACGUCCACGCCACAAAUUCCGAUGUGCCACCGUCUGAAAAAGUUGCCACCGGCCUCUCCCAGUGCAUCGCCGCCAUAACGCAAGUAUCUCUUUCUCCCUUCCUUUCAAUCAAUUUGGUUGAGGUUUUCUCUGCACUCAAUCCCCCUAACUCGCCUUGCAGAGACCAUGACAACACACUUGGCAUCGAGGAAUCUUUAAGAUUAGUUGGAUGUCCGCACCCUCUUCGACUCUCUCACGUUCAAGAUCUCGAAGCCGACGCCCUUUUUCCUGUAAUUCAGUGGCUCACGUCACAGCUUCCGCAAAAUCAAGAACAGCGUGCCAGCGAGGUUUGUCAUGCUGAAAAUACCAUUGAAGUGAAUGAGUGUAGAACUUCGAUUGAGGCGUUGAGUGGCAACUUGGAUGAACUGGUUGGUGAGAUGGAUAAGAUGAUAACCAAUCAGCGGAAGAUAAGCGUUGUGAAGCAAUUAACUAUUCUACAAGAGAGAAUCAAUAACGAGGGUGCUGAUUCUGCAGCACAGAAGUUGGCUUCUUUAAUGACGUCUUUGAAGGAUCUUGAAAAGCAGGAAAAUUACUUUCAGUCCUAUCGUGAUUCUAGACAUGCAGAACUACAAGCUGAUAUUGGUGAAUUAGAGAGGCAAAUAACAAAUGACAGUGAUAACAAGAACCUAUCUGAUGGACUACAUAAUUCUUUUAAUGAAUUAGUUGAAAAAGUCAAUUUGAUGAAAAAGCAACUUGCUGCUAGACUGAGGGAUAUUGUGGCAUUAAGACGUCAGAUUGAUGACCUACCAUGCCAAUCAGAAAUCAUCCAGUAUGAAUGUCGGCUCUCUGAACUGUAUGCGCAAAUACAGGGGAAACAUCGACAAACUCGGAAAUACUAUGCUACCUACAAUGCUCUCUUGGAAAUAAAAGAAUUGAUGUUAAAGCAAACAUCUUUGUUGAAUUCAAUCAUUUCCCAGUUUCAAGAGGCCUUUAGUAGCACUGAUGGGCGUAUAAAACUUGUUCAUUCCAUGGAAGGAAUUGUCAAGGGAAGUCAACAGAAGCUAGAAAGGGUUCAUUUAGGAUUUCAAGAAGAAGAGAGAAUCCGCAAUGAUCUAAAGGAUAGGUAUGCUGCAGCAAUCGGUGAGCAGAAGCGCUGCUAUUCUCUGUUCAAAGCUUUUCAGAUUUCUUUAAUGACCAGGCCCAAUGUGCAAAGAAAUAGAGGUUUCAGUGUCAAAGUUCCAAGUGAUAAUUGGCGUCAAAGCAAGAGUUGCGCACGUUGUGGGAAGCACAAUGACUGUAUACUGGGAAGACGUCACAUCUAG